UUUGUCCAGACGACUACAUCAUCACUAUAUAUACAUGCUGUCUGAAGGGCAAAAGCUCUUUGUCUUCUUCUUCCAUCUUAUGUCACAAUCUCAGGACCUGAGCCUGUCGCCUUCUUCCACUUCCAAUUUCAUUCAAAUGUCUUACAAUCUUUCUGUUUCUGAUAACUCUUCCUUUAAUCGUUGUAUCCCAGAAAUGGUUUCUACUGAUACCAUCGAUUAUGACUCGCUCUUCAAUCUUCCUUUCUAUGAUUCAUCCUUCGAUUAUAAUCUUCGAGCUUUGUCCAACAACGAUGACAACCAGGUAAACCCUGUUGAUGAAUCAUCUCCUGCUGACCAGUUGCUUGCUGAUUUGCUUCCUUCAAACCAGCUUGAAAAUCUCAGCCUUUGUCAAACCACCCAGUUCCCGUCCCUGUCAUUUGGUUCUCAUUCUGAAAAUCCCGGCGGCUCCAGUCGUUUGGAAGUUAAAAACGAAGAAUGUCGAGUGGAUUUCGAUUCUGCUUACGGUGGUGUUCAUGAGAAUGCUGGAAAAUACUUACAAAGAAGCUUCAGCAGCAAUUGUUUUGAAGGGAAGUCUAAUUUUUCGUUCAAACCUCCUUUUGAUUCUCUCAUGGAAUCCCAGAGUUUCCAAGGUCAAGCCUCGAGCUUGCCUGAGACCAGCUUUUUCAUUGCUCAAAUGAGGAAGGUAUCCAGCACUGGUGAUUUAGAGAGUACGAGAAACGUUCAUAACACCCAAAGGUCAAUUUCAACCCCUUGUGCAAUGGAAAACACGUUCAUGGAGGAAUCAGGGUUCAAAGUGGGACGUUACAACGCAGAAGAACGACAAGAGAGGAUCUCAAAGUACAGAGCCAAGCGAAGUCAGAGGAACUUCAACAAAACAAUUAAGUAUGCAUGCCGCAAAACACUAGCGGACACCCGUCCUCGAAUUCGUGGCAGAUUCGCACGUAACGACGAAACUGUUGAGACUCCCAAACUUGCAUGUUCAACCGGAGACGAAGGCGAUGACCUAUGGGGUCUCCUGCAUGAGGUUGGGGAUGAAGCAACGGCUACUAGUGGAACUUUGAUGAACAAUUUCGGUCAAUAUCAGUUUCAAUUUAACCAUGGCUGCUUCUAAGAGGAACAUUUCUUAGUAUAGUAUAGUUUGACAUUUAGAAUUUAAGUUGCUUCAACUCGGAUUCCAUUGUCAGAUAUGAAGAGUUUGAGUAACCUAUUUUAUUUUUAAUUUUUACAAAGCAAAGAAUAAAACUGUUAUUUCUUCUAAUGAAA